GACAAACAUGAGUUACUUAUACAUGUGGUCAAAACUAAUCCAUUAUUCAAAGAGUCUUCUUGCAAAAUUAGAAUCUGUUGCCAUGACAGAGGCUUAAUACAGGUGCAUUUAAGUGAUCAUUUUCAUGGACACAGUCAAGUGUGAUACGUGUAAAUUGCAAUUUGGUCUUAAUGGACUGUUAAUUUCUUGUAUUGCCCCUUCAUGGAAGUAUCAGUGAGUGUAUACUUAAUCUUAAUGGGAUGGGAUAAUAAUGGCUUGCACCAGGAUGUGAUGCUAAAUGGUUGAAUUUUAACGUUUGAAGAUGGCCCUUAUGUCAUGUCAAUGCGAACAAGCAAAACAAAAAACACCAACAAACAAAAGCAAAAACAAACAAUUGAUUUUUUUUUUUUUUGGACUUAGAUAACAGCUGGCUAUUGCAAAGUCACCCAGUGCAGUGAUAUAAGUUGUGUGCUUUUGAAGACAUUUUUAAUAUUCCAACAUCCUGAAUUAGAUUUUAUGUUUGAAAUCUAGCAUCCUGAAUUGAAGACAACUUAAUGGCCGGCAAUUAUCAAUAUAUGUGUACAUAAAGUCAAUACAUGUAGCUACAAUGUUGACUCAUACUCCACCCUCAUGUCAGCGUAUGAGCCAAAACUUUAACCAGUUUGCCGUGAUGAGAUGUAGUCAAGGAGAUAAAAGCAGUAUAAUGUCACUGUUAACAACAAGAGAUGUAAUCUAUGUGAUAAUCUCAACAUCAACGUUCAAAGAAAUGAGCAUCGGUUGAUUCUGGAAAAGUAACCGUUGCCCUAGAGUUGCUUGCACUCGACGCGCCGUGCCUGUGUGACCAGAAAUGAGUAAUUAACAACAGGGCCAGGGGAAAUGCUCUUUGUUUGCAAGGAAAUUUUACAGGAGAGGUUCUCUGGAGGAUAUUACCAGUCGAUGUCAGACCGUGUUUGAUCAGGAUAUACUACGUGAUGGACUAAAAAUUCUGGAGUAAAGCUGGAUACACAUUGCACUGUGAACACUGCGUGCUGAAAAUUCCCCAAUCGAAGUUAAUUUUCUGGAAUACAUUGUAUUCAUAAGGGAGGAAGUACAGAGGGAUAAUUUCUUCCAUUGAUCACAUCUGUAGACCGGCAGAAUUAAGUUUUGUUCUGAAGAACUCUUGAGCCUAAAUGCUAAAUGAACACGUACAUGUGCACCAUAGUGUACAAUCUUGAAGUUACUGCCAGACAGUGCUUACUGUAUGUAACAAUCAAAUUUGGUCACCCAACUGACAAUGUGCUGUGCCACCUCAGUGACAUAUUUCCAUUGAUUAGGCUGUGUGCUAGUAAACGUAUUACUCUGAGCAUGUGCAAUACACACUCUAGUCUCUACCAUUACUUCAGCCCAUUCACCAUCUCUGUGCUCAGUGCACUGCGGUAAAUGGAUAGCACAUACGUGUACGUCUAAUGACUGUGCGCUAUCUGUCACCCUCACAAUUAGACAGGAUGAGACCAACUGUCGGCCGUACCUUGUUUGUGCCUCCAAUAGCAAAGUGGACUUUUCAAUCAGUGUCAGUUCUUGUUGUUUGGUAAUCUGAUGAAAAAUAAGCCCUUUUUUGUGGCGCGCUUAGAAACGCUUCAUUCAAACAGGAAUGCUGCACGGUUGAACUCAUCAAACCAGUUUUUAAUCACGUGUGAAAUUUAACAAUCUAACGCCCCAAUGAAAUUUUAUUGUGAUACUGGAAGUGAUUGAGUGUGGAUGCGGCAUAGGAAAAAAAUAAGUACUGUUUUUAAACUCCAACGGUGAGUUGGAACUUGGCCAUGGAAACAACUUUGGCAGGACAACAGUUUUAUCUUCAUUGGCAGUUUAUGCUUGGGUUAGGAGCAAAACUCUUGAACUCGGUUGUAGUUUAGAGUGUACUCGCAUUCCAGUUAUGCCGAGUGACCUGCAGUUUCCUGAUCAGCUGGACUUGUUUUCUAUCUUCUGGGAAGAUCAGGAGUGAUGCAUGGCCUUGGUUUUUUUGAAGUCGGUACUUCAGUUCUGUGAGCUCAGCCUUUGCAGUCUGUAGUGGUAUUUACACACCCUACUUGUACACAUCACGCCACGGUCGCAGUUGUACUUUGUCCCUGACGGGCUCCAAAGAUGCGCUAAGAUUCUGAAGAUGGUUUAAGUCACGCCAGACUUGGCUGUAUAGCAACACUGUGUGGAUAUGGACCCCGGUAGCAAGCAGCUAUACUCUGUAAUCCAGAUUGCAGCCCAUUGAGUGCCUUACAGCAUUGUACAAGACUUGAGUCAGCAUGGCUGUCGAAAUUACAGCGUUCAACACAACAUUUGCCGGUAGUCUUUCUCCUGCUGCCCCUUUUUGCCGGUCGGAUAGUGGCCCCUCAGGAGCACAAGCCAUCGUGCAGAUAAUCAUCCUCUCUAUCGUGGUUUGCGCCGGGGUGUUUGGGAAUUCUCUCAUCAUUGCUGCUAUGGCCAUAACGCCGAGCCUGUGCACAACGGCCAACUAUUUCAUUCUUGUACUGGCCUGCGUAGAUCUGGUCAACACAGGAGUGCUUGUUCCGAUUUUCAUAUUCACACUGGUCAAAGGAGAGUGGCCUUACGAGGACAUGGUUUGCACAGCCAUAGGGUACUUAACCAUCUUCUGCCUGGCCACGUCUGAAAUAACACUGACCUUUCUCGCCGGGACACGCUACCUGAUUGUGACAAAACCAAAGCAAGUAUUUGCCCGUUACUUCAAGGCCAAAUUCGUCGUGGUCUACCUGAUCGCAUUUCUGGCUUUGUCACUGACAAUCCUUUUCAUCCCGCUGUGGUCGAGCAUCGGGACCGUCGGGUUCAGCUUCAUCAACAGCCACUGCACGUUUGUGAUCUGCGACCGCAGUGAUUGGUGGUACCCGCUGAUCCUGUUCCUGCUGUGCAUGACCAUCAAUGUGGGCAUCAUCCCCACCUUCUACCUGCUGACCUUCCACACUGUUGCCAAGAGCAAGCGUACGGUCAAGGCGCUGCAGUCCAUCAACGGCACGGUCAAUGACCGGCAUGUCAUCUCCCUCAGCCCCCAGGAGGUGACGCUGACCAAGAAGCUACUCCUCCUCUUCCUGGUAUUCAUGAUUUGCUGGUUCCCAAACUGCAUUGUCAUCUUCGCUGACGGUCAGCAGACUGUUCCCCCGAUAAUCCAUGAGGUCACAAACCUCCUCAUCUGGCUGUCCUCCGGAAUAAACCCUUACAUCUACGCCUUCCGGACACGCAAGUUCCGCAAGGUAUUCAGGCGUAUCCUACUCUGGCCGUGGCGGAAGUGUCGUUCCCGUCGGCCCAGAGGGGCAUCUGCCAGCGAGAACUUUGGGACAAGCAUGGUUGACAGACAUGAAAGUCAGCCAUGAAUUUGAGCGCUGCCUGAAUAUAUCACAUUAAUGUAUGAAAUUUGUCUUGUUGAAAUUGGUACAUAUACUGCACCAUACACGUACCCCAUUUGUUUGAGUUUUAUCAGAAAUUAAGGCGUGGAGUUGUUGAGGUAAGGUUCGUUACUUAUUCUAUAACAUGAUUCAUGGUUCAAAAUUGUAAUAUUUGUCAAGGAGGGUAUUUCUACUUGCCAUUCAUCCUAGGGCAAGCCUGUUUACUAAUUAGUAGCCAGUGAUUUUGUAAAUUGAAACAAAAAAGUCAAAUGUAUUUGGUAUAUGAAUCAGCACAAAACAAUUGUGUCAUUAUCUGAAAUUUGCCCUUUCUCUUUUGAAAGUAACCUACCGGUAUUACUAUUAGACAAAAUGGGUGCUGCGUAGCACUGUACACAAGUAGUGUUCACUAGUUGUUCUAAUUCAAAUAGAGUUGCUGCAUCGUUGUCAACUUCAUUUCAAAUAGAGUUUGAAUAACAAGAAAAAUUAACAACUCUAUUUCAAAUAGAGUUGGUUAAAUGAAAUUGUUGGUACCAACCCUAGCAUGCUAGCGCUAGGGAUGGUAUGAACUUGGUAAGUAAAUACUGAUCAUGAUUGUCAGAGCUAGAGCUUAUUUUGGGGUUUACAAGAAGGACAAAUUACCGGUAGGAAAGUGUAAAAUAUUUGACACCAAACUGUACCGUAAUUUGUAAAUGUAAGUAAAUUGCCAUGUUAUAGAAAUAUCCUGCUAGGGUCAGAACAGUAAAUUGCCAUGUUAUAGGGUCAGAACGUUCUAAAAGGUUUCUAACACGUUUAUUGUAAAUUCCAAAGGCAUGAGUAAAAUUCAACUGAGUUGAGAAAAUUGGAUUUGACGCACUUUCUUAUAAAUGGCUUUCACCAUGCAAGAACAUGUGUACAAUAUUUGUAUGCACAUUUGUAAAUGACUAUUCAUAAAUACCUC